AAUAAUAAAAUAGGAUUCUGUCGUCAAUUGCGGAGAUUAAAUUAUUAUUAUUAUUAUACAAAAGUAGUGAUUGCUUCUUUGGUCCUGCAUCCCUUUUUUUUUUUAUUGUUAUUAUCCUAUUCGUAUACAAGUAUAUAAACACACACACAUAUACAUACACAUAUAUACAUAUAUAUAUAUAUAUACGCAUAUAAAUGUUCAGUUGGAUAAAAGAAAGAAAAAAGACAAUAAAGGCAUUAUGUGCCAUUUUUAUUCUAUUUUCAACAGUGACAAUAGCAGAUGAACAUGACCAUGUGUACAAAGAGGGCGAUGAAGUGGUAGUAUGGAUGAAUACAGUUGGGCCUUUGAAUAAUAGACAAGAAACAUAUCCUUAUUUUCAAUUACCGUUUUGUCAAGGCCCACAUACUAUACAACAUCAUCAUGAAACUUUAGGAGAAGCCCUUCAGGGUAUGGAUCUUGUCAAUUCUGGAAUUCCAAUUCGCUACUUGAAAACUGAUUCAUAUCAACCUUAUUGUAAAAAGGUACUUGAUGCAAAAGAUAUCGAUGUAUUAAGAUAUGCAGUGGAUAAUCAAUAUUGGUAUACAAUGUUUAUUGACGAUUUGCCGUUAAAUGGUGUUGUAGGCGGAAAUGUUAAUGAGGGUAAAGAAGAUUCCCAAAUUACACAAGAUCCACAUUUUAAACCACUUUAUGUUUAUACACACAAGAGUUUUACAUUUGAAUACAACAAAAAUCAAAUUAUUUCUGUUAGUUUACAGCAUGCUGCACCUGUCGAGUUAAAAUAUAAUCAAAAAUCAUUAGAAUUAACCUUCACAUAUUCAGUUGAUUGGAACCCUACAGAAGUUGCAUUUCAGGAUCGGUUUGAUAGUUUAUUAGAGACAGAUUUCUUUGAACAUAAAGUGCAUUGGCUUUCUAUUUUUAGCUCAUUUAUGAUGGUGCUAUUUUUGACUGGUCUUGUGUCAGUUAUUCUUUUAAGAACUAUUAAACGUGAUUUUACAAGAUAUGAUCGUGAAGAAGGCCUUACAGACUUUGAUCGGGAUUUAGGUGACGAAUAUGGUUGGAAACAAGUUCAUGGUGAUGUCUUUCGUCAACCUCCUCGCCUUAUGUUAAUGUCAGCUCUGAUGGGUACUGGAUCUCAACUUGUCAUUUUAGCAGCUGUGGUUAUCUUGUAUACUAUAUUAGGUGAUUUAUAUGCUGAACGUGCAACUAUUCUCACCGCUACUAUUUUCUUGUAUGCUCUUACUUCAUUUGUGGCUGGAUAUACGAGUGCACGAUACUAUGCUAGAUAUGGAGGCAAAGAUUGGGUAAAAACUGUAGUCAUGACAGCUUGUUUAUGGCCAGGUGCUGUCUCAUGCAUUGGUGGUUUUAUUAAUGCUUUAGCUAUCUUUUAUUCGAGUUCACGAGCAAUCUCUUUUUAUACUUUAUUAUCUAUCGUUGCUCUCUGGAUCUUUUUAUGUUUCCCCUUAACUUUACUUGGUACAAUUGUCGGUCGUAAUUGGGGCAGUCAAACAGAUUUCCCUUGUCGCGUGAAUCCAAUCCCAAGACCUAUUCCUGAAAAAGUAUGGUAUGCUGAGCCUUUAAUGAUUGUCGCCAUGGGUGGUAUUUUACCUUUUGGUUCUAUCUUUAUUGAAAUUUAUUUCAUCUUUACUUCCUUCUGGACAUAUAAGAUUUAUUAUGUUUAUGGAUUUAUGUUCUUGGUCUUUAUUAUCAUGCUAAUUGUUAGUGCUUGUGUUUCUAUCGUAAGUACUUACUUUUUGUUGAAUUCUGAAGAUCAUCGCUGGCAUUGGGUUAGUUUUAUGACAUGCGCCUCUACAGCAGGUUAUAUCUAUAUUUACUCUAUCUAUUACUUUUUUAUGAAGACAAAGAUGACAGGCAUGUUUCAAACUAGUUUUUAUUUCGGUUAUACAGCCCUUUUAUGUUUGGGUAUAUUUUGUAUGUUAGGUUUUGUUGGUCAUACGAUUGCGAGUCAAUUUGUUCGUAAAAUAUAUCAAAAUGUUAAAAUUGACUAAGAAGAUUUAUUAAUAUAUUGAAAAUCUAUCCCCCUUUUUUUUUUUUUUACACAUAAU